AUGAGGGGCCACACUCAUGGCCUUGGCCGAGCCGUCGUCGGCUACACCGUCGCCUCGCCCAGCUCAUUUCUUGCUCCUCCGCUGUCAAUGCAAGGUCGGCGGCGUGAUUUAGACUUACUUGACGUUGGCCUCGAGGAUUAUCCUCAUCGUAGCCGUGCAAACUUUGGACCCGCUUCACUAAGUGGUCUAUACGACGCUACAACUUCGUCCUCAGACUCCUCAUCUUCGUCUUCAAAUGCGAGAAUCCACUUUCUGGGCCGCACUAAUCCACAAUGGCCUCAGGCCUUCUACAGGCCCGAUCAGCUUGGUGCUUUGACACCUACUUUGGAACUGCGCAAUGGGGACGCAAUCCUGGCGCGCUGCAUCUAUGACAGUAGUCAUCGAAGCAGAACCACCAGCAUCGGCUCCACACAUGAGGAUGAGAUGUGUAAUCUCUACCUUAUGUAUUACACUAGGUAG